GUGUUCCCGCCAAGGAAUUGUCAAUUUGUCAUUUUUUAUCAGAGUAUCACAGCAAGUUGCAUUUUGCACAAAAAUAUUAAAAUUAAUUUGCAGAAAUCAUAGUAUAAAUCAUAUUUUACAAAAAUGUCUAGACAAGAAGAAACUGAAGAAUCUAUAAUUGCUAAGAUAAAUCUCCUGUGUGCAGAACUGAAUGUUGAUUCUGCUGCUGCAAAUAAAGUCAAAGAAUCAUUUUUAGAAAUAAAGCGUAAUUAUACUCUCGAUGGAGAUAUUCAACAUUGGAUGGCUUGUGCCCUGUAUGUCAUGUGCUGCUCAUCUACUACACAACAACCAAAUACUAAUGUGAACCAAUGUGUCAGUCUCACCAGACUCCUUCGACUUUGCAAAAUAAGCUUGUUGCAAUUCUUCAGAAAAAUAAAGCUAUGGAUGGAAAUGGCAUCAAUGUCUACGGACUUCAAGGAGAAAAUGGAGAACUUGGAACAUAAGUUUGCAGUGUCCGACAGACUCUUUAGGAAAUUCAUGCCUUUGUUCCAGCAAAUAUUCACACUACCACCAGCGAACUCCGAGGUCAACUUGUUCAAGUUUACAUGGUGUCUAUAUGUCUGUGUCAAAGGAGAGUUCCAGAAUGCCAAUGACUUGGUAGAUAUGUACCACUUGCUGCUAUCCUGUUUGGAUCACAUCUUCGCCAAUGCUUUCAUGGCAAAACGGACUGAUCUAAUCAAUGAAAACUUUGAAGGGUUACCCAGUGACUGGGGCAGUGAGAACUUCCAAUUACCGAGCAAGCCGCCCUGCAUCAUAUCCAUCUUCCAUCAGAUGCGUGACGAGCAGAAGCUGAUGGUGGAAGCGGCCGCUAUGAAGGAGUACAGCUACAAACCUGUUGUGAAGUCGUUUUUUGACAAGGGCAUUUUAAAAGGUCGCGCGGACCAACUAUUAGGCCUAUUUGACGGAGGAAAUUUUGAAGCAAAUCACAAUUCUCUCAACAAUUUGUAUGAAACAUAUGUUUUGAGUGUUGGUGAAUUCGACGAGAGAAUAUUUUUGAAUGAAUAUGCAAGUGAGCGCCUUGGAGGUCAGUCUAAUGACGAGAUAUCAGCUGUGAUUCAAAAUUUCGGUCCAAGUGGUCGGGCGUGUCCAGAGACGCCGCUGUCGGGACAGCGCUACCUGCCCAGCCGGGAGCUGCCGCUGACUCCGGUCUCGGAGGCGGCGCGCAGCAUCCUGUGGCUCACGGAGUACCUCAGCCACUGCAAACCGCAGCCCAACACUCAACUGCUCAGUUUGUUUGCGGAAUGCAAUGUUAGCGAAGACACAAUAAACAAAAACGUGAUACUGCCCUGCCUCAGCUGGGCUGAGCUGUUCAGGGAGCGGAUGAGAGAGCUCAAUUACAGUAAUGAGACCAUCAACAACCGCUGCAACAUGGUCACUAGGUUCUACUACAAGAUAUUUGAACACAUCCUUAGGACGGAGCAUAGGAAGAAGCCGCAAGUUUCGUUAGAGGCAUUAUUAACCCAAGAAACAUACCAGUUAACAGUAUACGCGUGCUGUACAGAAGUAGUGAUCCACGCAUAUUCCAUCCACUCGCUGAGAUUCCCUGAAGUGCUCAAGAUAUACAACCUCAGUGCCUUCCACUUCUACAAGAUCAUAGAGUUGGUUGUACAAAUCAUUUUCGAGAAGCCCGACAGAGAUAUUAUAAAACAUCUAAAUACGAUCGAAGAGGUGGUGCUGGAGUCGGAGGUGUGGAAGUCCGGCAGCCCGCUGUGGGGGCUGCUGGAGCGCGGCGCCGUGCCCGCCUCCACCGACGUCCAGGUCCACGCCGACCCCGCCAACAAUGGUGUACAACCGCGCGUUGCAACGGUAGAACAAACCAAGAGGCAGCUAUUCCAAGAUAAUAUUCGACCGGGACAGUCCCUUCUAGUGUCGAGUAGUCCCGACGCCGCCGCGUCCCCCGGACACACUCCCCCGCGACGCACCAACAAUUCAUUGAUACUCUUCUUUAGAAAGUUGUACGGGCUGGCGGCGCUGCGCAUGUACGACCUGUGCCAGCGGCUGCGGCUCAGCGACGCCGACCUCAAGCUGAAGAUCUGGAACUGCCUGGAGCACUCCAUCAUGCACCACACCUCUCUGCUUAGAGAUCGACAUCUCGACCAGAUAUUACUGUGUGCUGUUUAUGUUAUAUGUAGGGUGUGCAACAACGCAUCGAAUCCUGUGGAGCGCAGCUUUGCUGAGAUCAUGCGCUGCUACCGGCUGCGGCCGCUGGCCGACAACCUCGUCUACCGCUACGUGCUCAUCGAGCGGGCCUCGGGCGACAAGGCAGCGAGAAGAAACGAUUUAAUCACAUUUUACAACGAAGUUUACGUGCCACUAAUGCAGAACUACGUUUUGAGAUUCAACGGAAGGCAUAAAGAUGAAGGUCCGCUAUCUCCCCUCCCGGCUCGUCGUGGUGAGCUAUCGUUCUCUCCCGCGGGUUUGCGCGUGUCUGAGGGCCACCAGCUGUACGUGCGCCCCUUCACCGCGCCCCGCACUGCCGACUUCCAGCUCACGUACCGCUUCAGCCGGAGCCCCGCCAAGGACCUGCACGCGAUCAACAGCCUGGUGUCGAUGGUGAAGCGCGGCGCGGAGCUGAGCGCGGGCGCGCGUGCGGACGCGCUCAAGCGCGCGCGCGCGCACCCCGUCGCGCGCAAGCUGCAGGGCGUCGUCAGCGACCGCCGCGCGCUCUAGCUGCCUUCACAUAGGUACACCACACUACUUCACUCGAAUUUAGAAUACAGGGCAGGUUAAAAUGUUCGAGCACUAACGAAAACUGACUGAAGAGUACGAGAGGGAGGACCCGACGCUCCCGACGCUCCAUAGAAUUGUUCUACUGCCUUGCUAAAAAUAAAAUAGCCGUAAACGUUUAAUGCACUCAGAAUUGUCAAAAAAAACGAAUAAGAUAAGCGUGUCAAUGGUCUGACUAAUAAAAGAUGGCAAAGUGUAAAUGUACUGCUUUCUAUAAACAAUCACUUCAACGUCUGUUAAAUUACUUCAAUUACUUUGAUUACAGAUGGCGCCACAUAAGGAAAUAUGAAUUUUAUUUUAAUUAUCAAAUGUACCAAAACUUAUUGCUUUUUAGCUCUCUAGCCGCCUUUCUCCCUCUAUUUCUUAUUGUUUGACGAAUUUAAAUAUACCCAAAAUCAAUUUUUAUUUAAUUGACAAAAAAUAUUGUCGCAUGAGAUGUGAACUUUUGAAACAAAUUUUAAUUAGGCACAAGUCUGUAAUAACUGGCUAAUGUUUUUCAACAGCUUAUAAUAUGUUAUCUCCCAUUUGUUUCGGUAUAUAAUUGUAUACUUAUUGUCAAAAGAUUUUAGUUCUUUGCUUAUGAAUCUAAUUAGAAUUAAAUGUUAAGUGUGUGAGAUGUUUUAAAUUUAAGGAAAUUAAAUGUCCGGAUAGCUUAAAUUUAAAACAUUGAAGGUUAAAAUGAUCUCAUAUACUCUGAGCAAUGAUAAGCCAUAUUUAAAAUUUGCUCAUUGCUUUUGUAUUAUAAAUUUUCCAUAAAUUAUUUAGCAGGGAUAAAAGGUCAUGCUUACAAUUUUAAAAGUCACAAAUUGUUAUUGGAGUUAAAAAAACGCUUUUUGGUUAUAAGGCUUUUAUAAAUAAUGGGACCCAUUAUUAAAGUUCUACACAUAUUAUAAUGACAAAAAUCACUAUUUUUUUUUAAAUAUUGACUUGGAAAAAAGACAAUAUAUUUUAUUAAGAAACCAUAGCUACAUGGGAUUAUUUCAAUAAUCGUAGUUAUCUUUUAGUUUUUCUUGUAAAUCGUAUAAUUUUAUUUGUUACAUUAGUUAGCUAUGCAACUGGUUUUACAUAGUAUCUUUCACUUUUAUUUGUAUAUAAAUUGGUGCAUGACGUUUUGUAUAUUUGACCAAAAGUAAUUUUAUUUUAAGACAAUAUAUCUAUAUACUAGGAAGAUUUGUGAUAACUUCCUUUAGGUUGGACCGUUUGCGUAGUCCUCGCAUUGCCUAAAUAAGAAAUGUAUAUUUUAUUUUCUUCCAUUAAUCUUACCUAUUUAAGUCAUGAAAUCAAUUUAUCUUAGUUUAGAACAUUUAUCAUGUGUAAUACACUUAUGUUUACUCAAUUUGGUUUAGUAAAAGCAACCAACCAACAUUGUUGUAAUGUUGUAUCAGUGAAAUCAGGUAUCAUAAGAAUCUGUAAGUCAAAAAUAAAUAUUAUAAACUGAA